GGGCCUCCUCGUUUUUGUGGUGAGUCUCUUAAAAAAGAGAUUUUUAUGUCAAUGUUAAAAGCUACCCAUCCUGACCCACCACUUUAGGUGGCCAAAUCCAUCUGUCUCUUGGGUGAACUGGCCAGACAAUCAGAUCUCUCGUCUUACAAGAUACAGGCAGCGGUAGGUUUGUAGAGCAAACAUUGCUGUAUUCAAACACAUUGUACAACACAAAUAACAGAUGGACAGGUUGUCUGAUAUCCUUGUUAUAUACUACUAACCUGGCAAUACAAGUGUCUGACUCCAAAUGAUUUUAUUAAACAAAAUCCUAGCCAUAAACAUAACUAGAUAUACAGUAAAUGCAAAUAUAUAGAUAAUGAAUGUAUAAUAUACAAGUAAAUCAACCUUUGGUAGAAUAUAAUAUAGACCAUAAAGUCCAUCUUAAAUGGCAUUUCAUAAUAAUGAUCUCAACUUGAGUGUGUGUUUAUAUCUUAACUGGGCCAACAAAUUUUUGUUCUUAUAAGGUCUUUACUUCCUCUUUGGUGAUGGCCGCACAAUUAGUAGGUUAAAUAAAAUACAUACAGUAGAUUGUACUUUGUGUCAUUUAUAUCUGCUUCAAUGCCUCGAUGAGCACCAGGGACUGUCCUACUGGAUUAAUGAUCAAUUACCCCAACCUGUGUCAGCAGUUCUGCCACUGACCCUCUACUCCCAUAAGAUUCUCAGUUCAGCGAGAGGAGCCAGCAGAGCCAAGAGACAUGGACAGGAACGUCACAUCCAGAAUCUCCAUCCCGGUCCAACAGUUCAAUAUCUCGGACAUCAUAGUGAUCGCUGCUUACUUCCUUCUCAAUGUGGCUGUUGGAAUAUGGUCGUCCUGCCGGGUGAACAGGAACACGCUGAGCGGUUAUUUCUUGGCAGGAAGGAACAUGGCUUGGUGGCCGAUCGGAGCGUCACUCUUUGCAAGUAGCGAGGGAUCGGGGUUGUUUAUUGGUCUGGCAGGUACUGGCGCGGCAGGGGGCAUCGCUGUUGCGGGAUUCGAAUGGAAUGCUACCUACAUCCUCCUGGCUCUGGCUUGGAUCUUUGUACCAGUCUACAUCUCGUCUGGGAUUGUGACUAUGCCGGAGUACCUGCAGAGAAGGUUCGGGGGAGAGCGGAUCCAGAUCUACCUUUCCGGGCUCUCCUUGUUGCUGUCGGUGUUUACCAAGAUUUCCACUGAUCUGUAUUCCGGGGCGCUGUUUAUACAGGUGUGCUUGGGUUGGAACCUCUACCUCUCCACGGUCCUCAUGCUGGUGGUGACGGCCCUGUAUACUAUUGCAGGUGGCCUGGCUGCGGUGAUCUAUACAGAUGCUCUGCAAACAGUCGUUAUGAUCGUCGGAGCCGUUAUACUCACAAUCACAGCAUUUAACACAAUAGGAGGGUACCAAAACCUGGAGGAGGCUUAUGCCAAAGCCAUUCCAUCUCAGAUCGUGCCCAACACCACGUGCCACCUUCCUCGCCAUGACGCCAUGCACCUUUUCCGAGACCCUGUCUCUGGUGAUCUCCCGUGGACCGGCAUGACAUUUGGGCUGACUAUCCUUGCUGCUUGGUACUGGUGCACGGACCAGGUUAUUGUACAGAGGUCCCUGUCUGCAAAGAAUCUGAGUCACGCCAAGGCCGCAUCCAUCCUCGCCAGCUACCUAAAAAUGCUUCCCAUGAUAUUCAUCGUUAUGCCAGGGAUGAUCAGCCGGGCUCUCUACCCAGAUUCCGUGGCAUGUGUUGUUCCAGAAGUUUGCUUAGAGGUUUGUGGAACAGAAGCCGGUUGUUCCAACAUUGCUUAUCCCAAGAUGGUCAUUGAACUUAUGCCUAGUGGUCUGCGUGGGCUGAUGAUUGCCGUGAUGAUGGCUGCCCUCAUGUCCUCCCUGACAUCCAUAUUUAACAGCAGCAGCACCCUGUUCACCAUGGAUAUCUGGAGGAAGAUUAGGAAGAAUGCCAAUGAGAAGGAGCUACUCCUGGUUGGAAGGAUUGUGACCGUGGUGUUGGUGGCCAUCAGCGUAGUAUGGAUCCCCAUUCUUCAAAGCGCUAACAGUGGACAGCUCUAUGUCUACAUCCAGUCUGUUACAAGUUAUCUGGCGCCCCCGGUUACAGCGGUCUUUGCCUUGGCGGUUUUCUGGAGAAGAGCCAAUGAGCAGGGGGCAUUCUGGGGCCUGAUGGUGGGACUUGUUGUUGGCCUCGUUCGGAUGACCCUGGAAUUUGUAUACCCCUUCCCUCGCUGCGGGAUCCCUGAUGAACGUCCGUCGGUACUAAAGGAUGUGCACUACCUGCACUUCGCCAUCAUCCUGUGUGCUCUCACCGUGGGGAUAGUAGUGGGGGUCAGUCUCCUGACAGAGCCACCCUUGCAGUCGCAGGUGAAAAACCUUACGUGGUGGACCGUAUCCCAGGGACGGGCUCCAGCUGAAAUCGCACUCAGGAAGGUGUCGACUAGAAGUCAAUCAACGCAAGGAGCCAAUCAUGCAGUUCCCACCAAUUGUUCCCCUCGCAGCAGAUCGUGGAGCACCUUGUUCUGCAGCUCCCCAGAAACCGCGGUGGAAUCUCCCAAACCUCUCCCACCCCGAAGCAUUAAGGAAGAUCCGUUCUGGGCGCGGGUGUGCUGCAUCAACGCCAUCAUCUUAAUAUGUGUCAACAUCUUCUUCUAUGCCUACUUUGCUUGAGCAGAAAAGGAAGAGCCCAAGAAGCAGGGGGGGGGAUCUUAGUGUUUCAGAUGCCCCUAGAGCUUUAGUAAGGCUUAUAUUCUCCAAUCAUUUAACCAAAGAGAAUUACAAACUCUUCAGGUAGGAUCUAUGUUCAGCAGAGAAUGGAAGAUACCUAGAUAUAUAUAUAUAUAAGGACGUAUUUUACUGUACUGGACUGUAUACUUUUAUUGGUUUGUCAUUAGUGCAAGUGUUUCUAGUGGAACGUAUUCUAUGUAAAUAACCAGGCUCCAUAUCACAAUGAGUAAUAGUAGUGUCAGCCCAUGUUUAGCCACCUUCAGGUUGUACAUGCUUGUGUGCCCAAAAGGAGACACUUUUCUGCUCAAAUUCAGUUGGACAUAGUGCAAAAGUCUCUUAUUGGGUGAACAAUUAGUAGCCACAGUUAUGCAGCUCUUUCAUGGGUGAAUUAAAUUAAAAAGCCAAUGGAGCACAUGUGUGGUGUGCCACCUGCAUUACCAUAAAUAACCAGGCUGAGAAAAAUGUUGACUGGAGAGUACACUCAUGUAUGGCCUCAGGGAUAACUCCAGCAAUGACAAGUAACUCAAUUGCUUGAUGCAGCAUAAAAAAUAAGAGUAUCCCUUUAAUUAACAUAAAUUGUAAAAUCUGUGGUGCUGGCACAGAGGUGUUGUGGUGGCAAGUACUGUGGUUUAGGUUCUGCCACAGUUUUUAAGAUGUAGUCUUUAUUUCUCAAUGACACUGUUUACACUGCAAAUAAUUCACUCUACAAUAUAACAUUUCAUUCCUGAA